AUGGUGUCUUCUAUGAGAAGGGACCGAGAGGUCGGGCGUCUGCUGCUCUCGCUUCUGUUCCUAGCUGCCUGGGAGACCGGGAGCGGCCAGGUCCACUACUCGGUCCCCGAGGAGGCCAAACACGGCACCUUCGUGGGCCGCAUCGCGCAGGACCUGGGGCUGGAGCUGACGGAGCUGGUGCCGCGCCUGUUCCGGGUGGCGUCCAAAGGCCGCGGGGACCUUCUGGAGGUAAACCUGCAGAAUGGCAUCUUGUUUGUGAAUUCUCGGAUCGACCGGGAGGAGCUGUGCGGGCGGAGCGCGGAGUGUAGCAUCCACCUGGAGGUGGUGGUGGAGCGGCCGCUGCAGGUUUUCCACGUGGAGGUGGAGGUGAAGGACAUUAACGACAACCCGCCGGUAUUUCCAAUGGCGGUAAAGACCAUCCGCUUCCCAGAAUCCAGGCUGCUCGACUCGCGGUUUCCUCUAGAGGGAGCAACUGACGCAGAUAUCGGAGUAAACGCUCUUCUUUCCUACAAGCUCAGCUCCAGUGAGUUUUUCUUUCUAGAUGUACAGACAAGUGAUGAGCUAAGUCAGUCUUUGUCUCUUGUUCUUAGGAAAUCUCUGGACAGAGAGGAAACUGCCGCGGUUAAUUUAUUAUUAGUGGCUACUGAUGGCGGCAAACCUGAGCUUACAGGCACGGUUCAAUUGCUUAUUAAGGUAUUGGACGUGAAUGACAAUGAACCGACUUUUGACCAAUCAGUUUACAAAGUACAAUUGUUAGAGAACAUCGCAAAUGGAACGUUAGUGAUUAAACUAAAUUCUUCUGAUGCCGAUGAAGGGUCAAACAGCGAGAUUGUGUAUUCAUUUAGCAGUGAUGCGCCCUCCACUAUAAAGACCAAGUUCAGAAUAGACUCCAGCACAGGGGAAAUUAGAACUAAGGGACAAUUAGAUUAUGAAGAAACAAAAUCCUACGAGAUUCAAGUCCUGGCAUAUGACAAUGGAACUCCGUCAAUGACUGGGCACUGCAAAAUUUCAGUAAAAAUUGUGGACAUCAAUGAUAACACACCAGAAGUCUCAAUAACAUCUCUUUCACUUCCGAUCCGAGAGGACGCUGCGCUGGGCACCGUAAUAGCCCUCAUCAUGGUGUCGGACCGCGACUCCGGUGCCAACGGGCAGGUGACCUGCUCACUGUCACCCCACGUCCCCUUCAAGCUGGUGUCCACUUUCAAGAACUACUAUUCACUGGUGCUGGACAGCGCCCUGGACCGCGAGAGCGUGGCGGACUACGCUGUAGUAGUGACCGCGAGGGACGGGGGCUCGCCCUCGCUGUCGGCCACCGCCAGCGUGUCCGUGGAGGUGGCAGACGUGAACGACAACGCGCCCACGUUCGCGCAGCCCGAGUACACGGUGUUCGUGAAGGAGAACAACCCGCCCGGCUGCCACAUCUUCACGGUGUCCGCGCGGGACUUGGACGCGCAGGAGAACGCGCUGGUGUCCUACUCGCUGGUGGAGCGGCGGGUGGGCGAGCGCGCGCUGUCGAGCUACGUGUCUGUGCACGCGGAGAGCGGCAAGGUGUUCGCGCUGCAGCCUCUGGACCACGAGGAGCUGGAGCUGCUGCAGUUCCAGGUGAGCGCGCGCGACGCGGGCGUGCCUCCUCUGGGCAGCAACGUGACGCUGCAGGUGUUCGUGCUGGACGAGAACGACAACGCGCCCGCGCUGCUGCCGCCUGGGGCGGGCAGAGCGGGCGGCGGCGCUGUGAGCCAGCUGGUGUCGCGGUCUGUGGUCGCGGGCCAUGUGGUGGCGAAGGUGCGCGCGGUGGACGCGGACUCUGGCUACAACGCGUGGCUGUCUUAUGAGCUGCAGCCGGCGGCGGGUGGUGCACGCAGCCUGUUCCGGGUGGGGCUGUACACGGGCGAGAUCAGCAUGACGCGUGCCUUGGAUGAGGAGGACGCUCCACGCCAGCGCCUAUUGGUGCUGGUGAAGGACCACGGGGAGCCAGCGCUGUCGGCCACGGCCACAGUGCUGCUGUCUCUGGUGGACAAUGGCCAGGUGCCGAAGACCUUGUCGCGGUCAUCUUCUGGCGCUGGGGUCGUGGAGACGUCACUAGUGGAUGUGAACGUGUACCUGAUUAUCGCCAUCUGCGCGGUGUCCAGCCUGUUGGUGCUCACGCUGCUGCUGUACACCGCGCUGCGGUGCUCGGCGCCGCCCACCGAGGGCGGGUGCGCGCCGGGGAAGCCGGUGCUGGUGUGCUCCAGCGCGGUGGGGAGCUGGUCGUACUCGCAGCAGAGGCGGCAGAGGGUGUGCUCUGGGGAGGGCCCGCCCAAGACCGACCUCAUGGCCUUCAGCCCCAGCCUACCUCAAGGUCCAAGCUCCGCAGAAGAAAGGCAACAACCUUCAGAAUCAGAACACUUAGGAAAGGUGAGUCUUAACUUUUUCCUGUCAAUUCUAAAACAGUAG